UUCUUUUGUUUUACUUGAUUUCUAGUGGAUGGUGCACUUCACUCCAUAGAUAUAUUCGGUUUUUGCAAAAUCAGCUAAAUCUCUUGCGUCUAUUGUAUUGUAUGCGUAUAUUAGAAUUGAAUAAUAAUUGAAAUAAGUGGCUUGCAUCACGCAGAUCACUGAAUGUUUUUGGAUAAUAAGGGGCGCAUACGAUUCAAUCCUUCUCUGAUUCGCAUUAUAUCUUCCUCGACAUACACAACAUUAAUGCUUUGGUGAUAUCUUUGGUGAAAUCGAUGGCUGAGCAGUCAUGCCCAGAUGCCUUUGGUUGCGGCCAUGAAUUGCCAUUUGCCCAGGAGGGCUGUCUGGACGAGGGGAAAAAAAUGUCGACCUCCAUUGACUUCUUAUGACUUCGUUACGGUGUUUUUUACCUGCCAGGAGCUGGAUGAAGACACGAGAAACGUAGAAUUUUUCUCCUGAAAAUCCACCCCAGUCAAAAGGGUGAUGGCGAGAUUGAUUUUUGAAUGGAAUUUUAAUUUUCGUUCUGGGUUUAAUUUUCUGAGAGUACAAAAUCCUGGCUAUUAAAGUUCAAUGUUUCUCUCUUUACACUUUUACUAGGACGAGUUUUGGGUUCUUUGUGGAGAAAGGUGGAGGACCCACAUGCAAAAUAGCUUCCAAAAUGAUAGAAAAUGGGGAGUACCCAAAUGGGUUUUGAUGCCAUUCGUUUUGGGUUUUUCAAGAUUAGGCUCUGGAUUAAAAGCAACGAAUGGAGUGGUAGGGAAUAUCUUUUGUGACUGUAAAUGUUCAUGCUGGCAACCCUUUCAAAUAUACCGGGACCUUUUUUUGAUCUGGGUAUCCCCUGCUUCUUCCAGUUUUGAGAUUCUCCAUCUGUUUAGGGAAAUACUUUGUCGGAGCAUGAACCAAUAGCAUCUCGCAUUAUGGGUUGGCUAAACAAAAUUUUCAAAGGCUCCAGCCAUAACAUCUCAGAAGGACAAUAUCUUGGUAGAUGUGCAGAUGACAAGGUCUGGAAGGAACCUUCUAGUUCAGUGGAUGCAUGGUCAGAUUAUGAGAAUGAAGACGUAGAUCAUGCCAUUGCACUUUCCCUUUCGGAAGAGGAGCUAAAGGGAAAAAAUGUGAUUGAUAGUGGAUCUCAUUUGGAUGAAGACGAACAGUUGGCUAGAGCACUGCAAGAAAGUUUGAACGUGGAAUCUCCUCCACGUUAUGAAGGUGGAAAUAUGUUUCAGCCUAUACCCUUCCCCUUUUCAACAGGGUUCAGGAUUUGUGCUGGUUGCAACACUGAGAUUGGCCAUGGACGGUAUUUGAGCUGCAUGGGUGCAGUUUGGCACCCAGAAUGCUUCCGUUGUCAUGCUUGCAAUCAACCCAUUUCGGAUUAUGAGUUCUCAAUGUCUGGGAAUUACCCUUAUCACAAAUCCUGCUACAAGGAGCGCUACCAUCCAAAAUGUGAUGUUUGUAACCACUUCAUUCCUACAAAUUCUGUGGGUCUUAUUGAAUAUAGGGCACAUCCUUUCUGGAAUCAAAAGUAUUGCCCCUCACAUGAGCAUGAUGGGACUCCACGUUGCUGUAGUUGUGAAAGGAUGGAGCCAAGAGACACGAGAUAUGUCACCCUAGAUGAUGGUCGGAAGCUCUGCCUGGAGUGCCUGGAUUCAUCAAUCAUGGAUACUAGUGAAUGCCAACACCUCUACCUUGACAUACAAGAUUUUUACGAAGGAUUGAAUAUGAAAGUAGAGCAGCAAAUUCCAUUACUGUUGGUUGAGAGGCAAGCACUAAAUGAGGCCAUGGAGGGAGAAAAGAACGGUCAUCAUCACUUGCCCGAAACUAGAGGGCUCUGCCUGUCAGAGGAACAAACUGUCAGCUCUAUUUCGAGGAGGCCAAAAUUUGGAGUAGGAAAUCGCAUCAUUGACAUGAUAACGGAGCCAUAUAGACUGACCCGCCGAUGCGAAGUGACAGCAAUUCUUAUUUUGUAUGGCCUCCCAAGAUUGCUGACUGGGUCAAUCCUGGCUCAUGAGAUGAUGCAUGCAUGGCUGCGGCUCAAUGGUGCUCCCUUGUCUCACAACUAUCCUCACCUCAAAGUCAGUUCUCCUUUUUGGAUUCUUUUGGGUUUUGUUAAUCUCUUAAAUUUCGGUAAUGGUUGUUUCACAGGUUUCCGUACUCUUAGUCCAGAUGUUGAAGAGGGUAUCUGCCAGGUACUAGCUCACAUGUGGCUAGACUCAGAGAUCAUAUCAGGUUCUGGUAGUAAUGUGGCUUCAACAUCUUCAUCUUCUACUUCUACAUCAUCAAAGAAAGGCACACGGUCUCAAUUCGAGAGGAGGCUGGGUGAAUUUUUUAAACACCAAAUUGAAUCAGAUACCUCAUCAGCAUAUGGGGAUGGGUUCAGAGCCGGUAAUGGGGCAGUGCUCAAGUACGGCCUGCGGAGUACCCUUGACCAUAUACGAUUGACAGAUAGCUUUCCAUACUAAGUGUUGAUUAGUGAUAUGGCUUUCUUUUCCCUUCCUUUUGUUGGGGAAGAAGCUUGGCCCUAUCAUAUUAGAGCUUAGGGAUGAUGCAUGUCAGAAUAGAACAUAUCUCCUUGGGUUAGAGAUUAAUUAAUUCUGCUCACAGGUUUCUUUACUUGUAAUUUCCUUUUUAAUGGUAUUACAUUCUAUCAUUGGACAUUUAAUGCCUAAUAUUUCUAAUAAAUUGAAUUAUUAUACUA